AUGCCUCCGAAAUUCGAUCCCAAUGAGGUGAAGGAGAUCACCUUGAGAGCGACCGGAGGUGAAGUCGGUGCUUCCUCAGCUCUUGCACCCAAGAUCGGUCCGCUAGGUCUAUCGCCCAAAAAGGUCGGAGAAGAUAUUGCCAAAGCUACUGGUGACUGGAAAGGUCUCCGUGUAACUGUCAAACUCACAAUCCAAAACCGUCAAGCCGCCGUCUCAGUCGUCCCCUCCGCAUCCUCCCUCGUCAUCAGAGCUCUCAAGGAACCACCCCGAGAUCGAAAGAAGGAGAAGAACAUCAAGCAUACCAAGUCAAUACCGCUCGAUGAGAUCAUCAGCAUCGCGAGGACUAUGCGGUUCAAGAGCUUAGCGAAGGAAUUGUCAGGGACGGUCAAGGAGGUGCUGGGCACGGCUUUCAGUGUGGGAUGUCAGGUUGAUGGCAGGAGUCCGAAGGAGAUUAGCGACGAUAUUGAGAGUGGGACUAUCGAGAUUCCCGAGGAAUGA